AUGAUUCUUACUGAUUGCACCCACUUGAAAAGAAUCCUUUGUAGUGUUCAGUUUCUUAGAAAAUUAGAAAAGGUACAAAUUCGAUGUGAGAGGAGGGAGGCUUGUGAGGUAAUUUCUAUGGUUGAAAACUUAUAUCAAGAUGUAAUGGUAAUUGUUAAACAUGCAAGUAAAGAUUUAAGAGGAAGGGUAAGUAUUUGUGGUUGUGGUGUUCUUGGUAAUGGAAAAGAUCUAAUAAAUUUAUUAGAUGAGUCUCAUUACUACCAAUUUAAUGAAAAGGCAUUAAAACCAAAGAAUAUAAAAAUUAUCCAAUCACUAUAUCUUCCUCUUAAUUUAUCUUUUCAUGGAACCCAUGAGUUAAAUGAAGAGAUUAAUGCAGACCUCACAAUUCUUACUAGUUUGACUCGACUUCAACUAUUCUAUAUUCAAGGAAUUAUUAAUCUACCAAAGACCUUACAAAUUUUUAUUGUUAAGUCAAGUAAUAUUCAAAUUAGUAAUAUCCAAUCUUGCAAUCUUAAGAGUCUUGUAAUUGAAAGAUCAACUUGUCCAUUCCCAUUUUCUCUUCCAUCAAGUAUCACAUCUUUACAUCUUAGUGAUAUACAAAUUCAAACUAUUUCAAACUUUGAUGAAUUAACACUUAUUGAUUUAUCACUUAUUAAUUGCCGAUCACAGAACUCAUUAAAUUUACCUACUACCCUUCGUUCUUUAGAAUUGGAUUCAUGCCCAUUUCCUAUUAAUAUUAAUGACGAAGUUAAUGUACUUAUUUUAGACAAUUUUAAUAUUAUUUCUCAAAUUCAUUUUCCUCAUUCUUUGACUAGACUUGAAUUAGGAAGUGCAAGAGAAUUUACCCCUGAACUCUCUCGUUGCCAUUUGAAAGAUUUAAAACUAUUUGAUUGUGAAAACAUUCCAUUAUCUCUUAUUCCUGUUUCUGUUACUUCAUUUGGUAUUUAUGAUUCUUUACAUCUUCCAAAAAGACUUGAUUUAUGUGAUUUUUUCUUCACAUCAAUAGAAAUCUCUUUAUGUCCAAGCAUUCAUUCUAUUUCAUUUCCUUCUUCAAUUUGUUCGAUUUAUCUUGAGUCAUGUCGUGGACUGACAUCAAUAAGUCUUUCAAAUUCUCUACAACUUACACAACUUUCUUUAGUUGAUUGCACUUCACUUACUCGUUUGAACGAUAUUCCAACAUCCAUUCAAUCUCUCUAUUUCUCAAAAUGUCAUUCAUUAACUGAAAUCAAAGAUUUAGAUCAAUUGCCAUUAUUACCUCAAUUUAUAAAAGAUAAAUGUCACAAAAUAUUCAACUGUAAUAUAGAAAAGGACGGUCAGUCAUUCUCAUGUUCUCAAUCAGAGCAAUAA